AUGACACCCCCUCUGGUUUCGAAAGUUUUUCGCAUACUAUGGGGUUUGCGCAUCAUGCCUAAAUGGAAAAUUUUCUUAUGGAAGCUGUGGCACAACAGUUUAGCUACGACUGCUAAUCUUGCGGCUCGCGGUAUAUCCAUAUCGGACGACUGUCCAAGCCGUGCUUUGGAAUCUGAAACUUGCCAACAUCUCUUCAGAUUGUGUCCUUUGGCUACUGUGGCUUGGCGAAUAAGCCAGCUGGGUAUCAUCUCCAACUCAGUUUCGUAUGUCUCCUUCCAAGACUGGCUUAUUGCAUGGAUAUUAUACUUUUACAACCUGGAUGGCUACUCUGGGGAACGUUUACCUAAAUUUCUUGCCACAUUAUGGACUAUCUGGCAAUGUCGGAAUAAUUUGGUUUUCAACAAUAUCAACCCUGAUGGUAACAUCCUGCACACCAUGCUGCAACAAGUCAUGCAACAACAUGUAACCUUUCUUGCCAGACCUUUCACAUGUUCUAAGCCUCUGGCAGAAGGUCCGGGGCCACCUGGGUUCCUCAUAGCGCAUUUUGGGUCUUCUUUUUCUGGGGUUCCUCAACUACAUAUCCAAGUGGAUGGGUCUUGGACUAAUAAUUCACCUUUAGCAGGUAUAGCCUGGGUGGCUCAGACUGUUCAUAAUCAGACUCAGGAAGGGCAAGGCAUUUGCAUCCAUGCUGAUUCUGCACUGCUUGCGGAAGCUAUGGCUUGUCUGGAUGCCUUAGUUUGGGCGCAUGGCCAGGCCUACCAACGAGUCGCAGUACAUACCGAUUCUGAGGUCGUUGUCCAAAGCUUACGUAAUCCACGGACACAGCCGAUAGCUAUUACAUGGACACUCAGCGACAUUCGUUCAAUUGGCCAGCAAUUUCACUGGUGUCGGAUCAUGAAGGUCAAUCGCUCGCAUGUCCAGCUUGCACAUGAUCUGGCUAUUCGGGCCAGACGGGGACAACUUUCACUUGUCCCCCUGUAA